AUGUCGCGCGUCUCGAGCGCGACGCGCCGAUGCGUCGCGCGACGCCCGUCCGCGGCGACGCUCGGACGCGCGACGGGACGACCGCGCGCGACGACGCGACGACGGACGACGCGCGGUUGCCCUCGCGAGGACGCGCGAGGACGCGCGACGCGCGCGCGAGCGACGACGCGGGACGCGCGCGCGAGCGACGACGACGAGGGAUGCGACGACGACGCGCGCGACGACGUCGGGACGGGCGCGGCGCGCGCGCACGCGGAGAUCGGGCGCGAGGAGGAUGAGGAGGGCGACGCGGAGGCGCUGCUGCGAGAGAUUUUCGAAGACGCGGGCGUCGACGCGAGGUGGAUCGCGCUGGAGGACGACGAGGACGUGGAGAUAUCGGGAAUAGCGAACGAUGUGAACGCGCUGUUGAGCGGGGAUCUGUUCGUGUGCGGGUCGGCGCGAGAGGGAGGGGCGAUGGAGGACGCGGCGAGGGAAGCCGUGGCGGCGGGCGCGGUGGCGGUGGUUUCGGAACGCGCGAUCGAGGGGUUGGCGGAUGUCCCGAUCGCCGUGGUCGAGGACGUGGACGAGGCGUUGGCGGAUAUCGCGAGAGUGUUUUACGGCGAUCCGUCCAAGGCGCUGACGGCGAUCGCGCUGACGGGGAGCGUGGGGAAGACGACGACGUCGUACCUCGUGAAAGCCGUCUUCGAGGAGGCGGAUAUUCGCAUGGGGCUCGUCGGGUCGAAUGGGAAUUACGUCGGCGAUGAACUCAAGCUCACGGCGCAGGGUGGGCGCGGUUCGGACGCGCUUCAGUUUCAGCAACUCACCGCGGGCAUCGCCGAUAACGGCGCGCAGGCGGCGGUGAUGGAGGUGAGCGCGGAACAAGUGCGGCGAAAGGCGACGCGUGGGAUGAACUUUGACAUCGUCGCACUGACGUCACCGCUCGAAGGCCCGGACGCGAUGAGCGAUCGGCGUAAGGAUUAUCGAGGGUUGGACGCUGAGUACUCGUCGCACGUCGCCGAGGUCUUCAAAGCGCUCGAAGACGCCGAGACGCAGCGAGCGGUGAUCAACGUGGAUGCGAUUGAUGACAACGAUAAGACCCCUUAUCACGAGUUAUGCAAAGAACACGCCAAGGGCGUUCCUCAGUUGACGUAUUCUGUGGAUCCCGAAAACCCGAACGGGGCGGACGUUUACCCCGCGCGCGUCGACUAUUCCCUCUUCGAGACGGCGGUGUCGCUGAGCACGCCCGCUGGCAACGUCGAGGUCGUCGUCGGUCUCGUGGGUGAGCAUAUGGUCAACGCGAUCUGUUGCGCUACCGCGAUAGGUCUCGCGGCGGAAAUUCCCCUCGACGUCAUCGCCGCCGGAUUGGAGGCGACGGAUUCGAUUCCAGGGCGCAUGGAGCUCGUGGACGCGGGUCAAGAUUUUUCGGUGUUGGUGGAUAGCGCGAACACUCCCGAAGCGAUCAGAAGUGUGAUUGAUAGCGUCAAAGCGACGAAUUGUAGGCGAGUCAUCACCGUCAUCGGUUGUGAGGGCGAAAUGGCGGAGAGCGAACGAGGGCAGCGCGCCGUCAUCGGUAAGACGGUGCACGACCAUUCGGACGUCGUCUUCGUCACGAACGAUUCCCCCAAGGCUGAGGACCCGUACAAAAUCCUUGAAGACAUCUGCGCUGGAUUUAGAGACGAAAUUUAUUCCAAGCCCGGCAUGGAGGACGAGGCGCUGUUCCCAUUCUUGAAGGACAUGUACGAGGUGCACGAAAACGCCCAAUACGAGUGCAUGCGGCUUCAAAACUUAGUUCGUAGAUACGUCAUGGUGGACCGGUACCACGCCAUUCGCGCCGCCAUCGGUAUGGCGGAGCGCGAUGACGUGGUGCUCAUCAUAGGUCGCGGCGCGAAGGAUUACUUUGUCGUCGGUCGCGAGAAGCAUUGGUUCGACGACGUCGUCGAGGCUCGAGACGCGCUUCAGAAAAUCGGCGCCAUUCAGGACAGCGGCGUCGACACCCACAACCUUCCGUGGAUGUCCCUCGCCGCUCGAGCCACCAAUCCGGGCGCGGGUAACUUACUCGGAUAA